AUGUCGAAUAAUAUAUAUUAUAAUUCCGUGAAAUCUCAACAACCACAAUCAAAUGCUUAUAAUUAUGUUCGGCAUCGUCGUCAUCACCGUCAUAGUUCUUAUCAUUCAUCUCCAACACGACCAAUUCAUCAUGUUUCUUCACAUUCAACUCAUCCUUUAACUAGGAAUAAUGAUAAUCAUAAUAUACAACAUCCUCCAGCACUAAUAUCAAAUUCAUUUUUAUCAUCAAAUCAAUCAACAGCUUAUUUUCUUGAUCGUAUUGAUUUAGAAAAUUACACGACAACUAUAUUAAAGCAAACAGUUGAAAGUAUCUUAUCGAACACAAAACCUCGAGGUUUAAAGGUAAAAAUAUCAUUACCAGACGAUGGCUUAAUUAUUCACAAUAUAACUGAUCCAAAUCAAUCAUGGAUAUAUAAAAAAUCAGAAUUACUUUAUUUUUGGCGUGAUCCUACUUAUUUAAAUAUAAUUGUUGUUGUUACAUUUAAUCGAUCACGACAACAUGCAAAUCGACCCUAUGCAGCAUCAAUAUUUCGUUUACGCAAUAAUGAUUCUACUCAAGCAUUUCUUCAACAAGCUCAACUAUUUUUUUCCAGUUUACCAAUAUCUCUUAGUAGUUUAAAUACAUCAAAAUCUAGCAGAAAUAAGUCAAUUGAUCGAGGAAGUCGAAAAGAAAAUCGAAUUAUUACUGAUCAACAAUCUUUACCUCAUAGUAAAAUUAAAGCUCUUUCAACGAUUAAUGAACAACAUUUUUCUAAAAAGAAGACUUUAACUAAUCGUAAUCAAUCCCCACGACCAGCAAGUAUUCGUCGUGUUACACGAGCUGAAUUUGAUCCUGGUAAAGCAGCAAUAAACUCAAGAGCCCGUACUUAUAAUCGUCGAUCAUACAGUGAAACAACAUCAUCAACCGAUUCUCAAAUAGCUAAUUCUUCGCCAGAAGUUUUAUUAUUUACAGAAAAAAUGGAUGAUGAUGACGAUGAUAAAAUGACAAGUCUAAGUAAUAAUUUAUCAUUGGAAGAAAUAACUGAAUUAAUGCGUGAAUUAAAAGAUUUACGAAAUGAAAUAACUUUAUUAAAAUUAGAAAAGAGAAUUCAACCAGUUACAUGUUCAAUGAGUACAAGUCCAUUAACUAUUGAUAUUGAACGUUGUAAACAAACAACAGAUUCAUCAACAGCAACAUCGCCAACAUUUCCUGAUAUAGCAUCAUUAUCCGAAGUUGAUGCUGAAACACAAACUGAUUUCAGUUUAAUACAUCAUAGACGACGACAAACAUCAAAAAAAAAUAAAAAAACAAUGAUUGGAUCAAGUGGUAUUUCAACAACAAAGAACAAAAAAACUGAAGAUUCACAUAAAACAAAUUCUAGAACUUAUUCCAAUAGUUCAACAAAUACUGUAUCUGAUCAAGAAGGAACAACAUCUGAAAGUUCUUCUCAGGUGAAUAAUUUAUCAAAUGGUACAAAUAAAACACUUGUACAAGAACAAUAUCAGCCAAUGACCAUAUCAACACCACCUCGCCCAAUAUUAGUGAGAAGUCAAAAUAGUUUUAUGCCUUUAAAUAAUUCGCAAUCUUAUAAAAUACAGAAUGGUAAUCCAAAAGUUUCUAAUUUCAAUUCUAUUGAAGAAGGGUCAUUGCCACUAGAUAUAUCUACGACUAUUGAAAAAGAAAUGCCUAAAUUUCUUUCUACAAAUAUUUCUUCUUCAAAUCCAGAAAUAAUUAGACCCUCAGUACCAAUAAUUGCAGCAGGAACUACAAGUUUUCAACCAUCAUUAGAAAAUUCAAAUGUUCCUACGGAACAUAUCUAUGAAAAUAUACCUAUUUUAAUACAACAAAAUUCGAAUCGUGAAAGUUAUUAUAAUAUACCUAUUGUUAAUGUAGAUAAUCAACAACAAAAACAACAGCAACAACAGGAACAACAACAACAACAACAACAACAACAAAAUCAAUCAAAUGGUUAUGCUUAUUAUCCUGUCACAAAUAAUCGUGAAACUGAAACUCAACAACAAUAUGUUAUUCCAGGACAAACAUUUUCUAAUUCUCAUCCAACAACAAAUAAUAAUAAUUCUGAAACUUUAUCAUCAACAAUGAAUAUUCAACCACAAAAACCACAAAUAAUAUCUGCUGGUCGUCAUCGUAAUCAACCAAUAUUUUUUGCAAAUCAUUUAACAAAUCCAAUAUUUAAUGUUGAUAAACAAUUAUUAAUAAAUACAGUUGCUAAUCAAUUUGGUGUUGAUCUUAAUUCACCACAAUUGCAACAACUAGUUACAAAUCAACAUUUAUUUGCUGCACGUAGGCGUACAUUUGCUAAUAUGGUUUGGCAAUUAACACCUGAUGAAGAAACUGCUCUAUGUUCACCAAACACAACAUCACACACUGAUAUUAUUGAUACAGAUGCAAUUGAUAUAAAUUAUUCAACAAAUCGAUCAAUAUUAAAAGCAGCUAAUCGUUUUCAGUCAAUAUCUAAACGACGAAGUAUUAGUUGGGAUACUACUUUAGGUUAA